AUGGAAGUGCUCAAGACAUCCAUGUCCCAGGAGAUCGUCCACGAAGGAUGGCUCAUCAAAUCGCCGCCUACCAAGCUCUGGAGAGCGCGAUGGCGAAAGCGGUGGUUUGCCCUUCGUCACAGUGGCGAGCUGCCUGGUCAAUACUUCCUGGAGUAUUAUACCGACAGACGUUGCCGUAAACUCAAGGGUCGCAUCGAUCUAGAUCAAUGUGAACAGGUGGACGCAGGUCUUCGAUAUGAAAAUCGUAAACAGAAAUAUCAGUACAUGUUUAAUGUAAAGACACCAAAGCGGAAUUAUUAUUUAGUCGCUGAGAAUGAAGUGGACAUGAACAAAUGGGUGGAUGCGGUUUGUCAAGUUUGCAGUCUGAAGGCAUAUACUCAGGACGAAGAACAACAAAUGUUUCAAUACGAGUCUCAAGAAUCCCCGCCAAUUUCACCUACUAGCACGAUCUCUGGUCCCUACAUUCCUAUUAGCGAGUGCAUUUCCGGUCGUCGGCUCAACGACACUAGUUCUCUGAAUUCGGCUCUUGGACAGGGACCCGAGCAUUACGACGCCCCGAGAAGAUUGGCACCCUCACCACCGCGGUCGCCCACAACGACGGAUGCCGAGAGCGUCUUCACCGACGACGAGUGGACGGCGUCUGUAACGAACCCGAAUUGGGACACUCUUCCUUCAACCGGUGAUGCACGACAACCUCACGGCCCUAGCGAUCACGAGAUCGGCUCAUGGAGUGUGAGAAAACGCUUCGGCAAGCUCAGAAUCGUCGAUUCCGCGGUGCCACCAGCCUUAGAGAAGUUACCAGCACCGCCCAGACCACCAAAACCGCCUCACAUGUUACCCGAAAAUCCCGGUCAUAAUUACCUGAAUCUAGACGGUGCCACUGAGAGCUCGAAACCGAGCACCCCAGCGACGUCAGCGCCGACAACACCUGCUGCUGCUACCGCUACCGCAGCCGCUGCCGCUGCCACAAUGGGUGCCGUCACCGACGAAUCGUACGAUUUUCCUAGGUCUCAUCAACCGCAAAUGGCUCAAGCGACCGUCGAAAAUAACACGGUGGCGGUCGAUCAGUCGUCGAAACACUUAUACUCGAACGCUGCGCCGAGUACCAUCAACGACGAGACGCAGAACGUAUUUCGCUACGACUUCCACGAGGACGAGCCGUCAAGUCCGCGCUCUGAAACUGCGACCACAGUGACGUACUCGAAUCUACCGAGCCCUCUCGUACGAGACGGCAGUUGUCCGAGUGGGAUACCGACCACCAUAGCACCACCUCCCCCGUUGGUCAACAGGGAGCUAAAGCCGGGCAGAAAAACCAGCGAUUCGAUGUCUAUCGUGAGCAAUGAACCGUCACCGGGUCCGAUAAUAACGCUACACGAUGUAAGCUCCGCCGAGCACUCUCCGGCCGAACCGCCGAGCAUUAACAGGAAGCUGAAGCCGUCGUUGAACAAAUCACCGGUGGAAGCACCUCAUCUGCAAUUAGCAUCUCCUCCUGGAAGAGGAAGAAUGCGGGCGGCGCCCAGUCCGACACCCCCGUCGCACAUGCACUCGACGCGUAACCAAUCGACGUCGGACGAAGACAAUACCGCAUUCGAAGACAAAGAAGAGAUAUACUAUUACCAAGAUCGCAACACGUUCAUUCCGGCGUCAUCCAAUCGCCUAGUGGUACUGCAGUAUCUGGAUCUUGACUUGGAAGCGACGGAGAGCUUUAAUUCCUCGGCGUUACCACCCGCACAAUCUCUCCCGAAUACAACAGUGUACAAAACCGUGGAUUUCGUCAAGACAGAGGCUUUCAAUCGCACUCGGCAGCGAGUGGAGGAAGAAAGAAAACAGUCCACGAAUGAAUUGACAUAGGGAGUAGUGAAUUGGUGUAUAACACGAGUCGUAGAUUACGAAUGUAACUAAGCAAUGUAUAUAUGUGUGUGCAUGUGUGGACUUUUUGCUAUGUUAGAUAAAAGAGAGAAUUUCUUCCUAUUUUUAAUACUAGAGUAGCAUAUUAAACUUGUACUGUGCGAGAAAUGAGCGAAUUUGGACGAAAAAAAUCAUCGAUGGUAUCGACGCGGUACAUAUAAAAAAAACAUUUACAGAUAAUGUAUCCACCGUUUUCUUUUACGAGUAUAUCGUUUUCUUUUUACGUAGCGACGAUUAGUGUUACAAAUUGCUAUUCAGUUAGAAGAGGGAAUUGAAUACAUUGAGUUAUAUUGUAAAGCAAUAUAAAAUGGACCAAAAAUGUAAUGUUGUGUAUAAAGGAAAACGAACGGCGAGAGUGAUAAACAGAAGUGUCGAUAGUCUCGUCGAGAAGUAGUCUCGACGGGAAAUUUGAUUGGUUAAGCAAAGUAUUAUUUAAAUCAAGAUUCUUUGGGUACAAGAUUCCUUGGGAUUCUUUUAUCUUUGGGUACAAUAUGGUUUUAUGUAUUAGUUUUACAUAUAGAAAGUCAACGUGCGCGCGGGGCAUUUGUAUCAUUAACUAUGUGCAACGAAUAAUUAAAACUGUAAUAUUGUUCGUUUUAAGAUAUUCUAUUUUUAGCAUUAUAUAUGAAAUGAUAUAUAAUAUUUUUUUUAUCAUGUUGCAACGAAAUCCGCGUCGCCAAGGCGAUUAGGUUAAAUUUACAGUACAUUUACAGAAAUAUGUUGGUUACACUACAUUAAUCUUGAGAAUACUACUGGAUUUUAAUACAUAUUAUGUAAAUUCUUUUAUCAUAGUGCCUAAUCUAAUAUAUUCGUACAUAGAAUAUGCAUACCUUAGUUCAGAUUUUGACUGUGAAAAUUAUCCAGAAAAGAAUUGCAUUAAAAAUAUAUUGUCAUUUUACACAACACAAUUUACGUUUUAAUAAUUCUUUUAUGAAAUGUUCAUAAAUAAAUUCCAAUUACCAUUUUAGCAUUUUACGACAUAUUCAUGAAAACUUUUCUGUUGCGCACUCCACUGUGAAGAUAAACCGAAAGCCUCGAUACAAGAAGAAUAAAGGGACGUCAGUUUACGGAAAUUUGUCAAACCAUGUAGUAUGCAAAUUAAGCUUUUAUAAUAGGAAGUUCAAGUUUUUUCUUUUAAAGAGUGAAAGACAUAAAUAUGCAUGUGUAAUCGCAUUAUCUUAAUUUCUUCAUUUAUCUUAAUACAUAUAAAAUCAGAAAUUCAUAUAUCCUUUAUGUGUAACUUAAACAUAUCUUUCAAAAGUCAAACCUAAAAUAAAGAUAUCUGAAA